AUGGGCGCUCUGGUGAUGUUGACGGGGUUCAGAGCUGAGGGCGGAAGAGAGGUGGACCUCCGAAAUUUCAGGAGAGCUUUGGAGGAUGAGUCACGACUUCCAAGUGGCAAAGGCCAUCAAAUGCCCUUUUCGUCGGGGCAACAAAACGAAGCGUCAACGUGUCAAAUCAACAGCUAUCGUAAGAUUGUUUCUUUUGGCAGGUCUGGAGCUAGCUUGGCGGGACGUGCCGAUGUAGUGGAAAGGGAAGGGCUGGCCUUUUAUGAAACUGGUUCGAGCAGUGGAGCAAUGACUGUCCGCCAACUGUCCAGAUCCACUUAUCCGCUCAAUCGCUGGGGAAAGGCGGCAGUGGUUGAACAAGAUGACGAGACAGGAGCAAUGGCUCGCAGACGAGGGCUCCGGGGGGAUUGA